AAAAAAACGAAAAAAAAAAUGGGUACUUCCGACAACUCAAAUGUCAAGUUCUUUCUUUUCGUUGUUUUUACGAUAGUUGUUUGAUAAAACAAUUAGAAUAAAAUGAAGUGCAACAAAUUUGUGAGUUCCUCCCGCAGGAAGAAUCGCAAACGUCAUUUCCAAGCCCCAUCACACAUUCGUCGGCGGCUAAUGUCAGCUCCCCUUUCAAAGGAGUUGCGCCAAAAGUACAACGUUCGUUCAAUGCCAAUCCGCAAAGACGACGAAGUGCAAGUUGUUCGCGGCCAUUACAAGGGCAACCAAGUUGGAAAGGUUGUACAAUCCUAUCGUAAGAAGUUCGUUGUUUACAUCGAGAAAAUCCAACGUGAAAACGCCAGCGGUACCAAUGUGUAUGUUGGUAUUCAUCCAUCCAAGUGUUUGAUUGUUAAAUUGAAAUUGGACAAGGAUCGUAAGGCUAUUCUUGAGAGGAGAGGCAAGGGACGUUUGGCUGCUCUCGGCAAGGACAAGGGCAAAUACACAGAAGAAACAGCUGCUCAACCUAUGGAAACCGCAUAGAGUAGAGUAACUUAAAACUACUUCUGUAAAUAAGGAAAAAUUUUUAUUAAAAUAACAAAAAACUAUAAAAUA